UGAAUUGACAGGCUGUAGUGGCAGAGAUCUUGCCAAACGGUAUCUUCGAUCCGCCUCGAUCUACGAUCGCGUUACGAGUGCACUAGGUAGGGAUGGAGUUCGGGGCAGGAGAUGUUGCCCAAAUAUCAGCAGAACUUGCUCAAGUGGUUGAGGUGAUGAUGUCACCAAAUGUACCACAACAACAACGUUUAGAAGUAUAUAAUGCUUGUGAGAGAUUUAAAGAAUCUUCUCCUUUGUGUGCGCAAUGUGGACUAUACCUGGCACAAAAAUCACCAAAUAGAAGUUCGGUGGUUCGUCAUUUUGGACUACAGCUUAUGGAGCAUUGUAUUAAGUAUCGGUGGACUCAGAUAUCACAAUCGGAAAAGAUAUUUAUAAAGGAAAAUGCAAUGAAGCUACUCCAAGAAGGUAUAGAACCAUUGUUACAAGAGGAGGCUCAUAUUAAGGAUGCAUUGUCUCGAGUUGUGGUGGAAAUGAUAAAACGAGAGUGGCCACAACAAUGGCCUACACUACUAGCUGAACUUAGUCAAGCUUGUACAAGAGGCGAAAGUCAGACUGAAUUAGUUCUUCUUGUGUUUCUAAGGCUUGUGGAAGAUGUUGCCCUUCUACAAACAUUAGAAUCCAAUCAAAGGAGAAAGGACAUAUAUCAAGCACUUAACACAAAUAUGGCAGAGAUUUUUAGCUUUUUUUUAAGAUUGAUGGAACAACACAUUUCAGAGUUUCAAAAGAAAAGUAGUUUAGGAUGCACUUCCGAGGCGGCAGCACAUAGUAAAGUUGUUCAGGUAGUAUUGUCAACAUUAACUGGAUUUGUGGAAUGGAUUUCAAUUAAUCAUGUAAUGGCAGAAGAUGGUAGAUUACUGCAAAUAUUAUGUCUUCUACUAGGAGAUCCAAUAUUUCAGUGUUCGGCGGGUGAAUGUUUGUUGCAAAUUGUAAAUCGUAAAGGGAAAGCUGAAGACAGGAAACAAUUAAUGAUUCUGUUUUCUGAAGAUGCUCUAAGAUAUAUUUAUGCAGCAGCAACUGCAGCAUCGCCUAUUACUGGGUCAAAUGAGUUUAUUAACUCUUCUAACAACCAUUAUUUGUUUUUAAAGAAGCUUACACAGGUAUUAACUGGUAUGGCGACACAACUGUGUACACUUUGGGGCAAAGACGAUGGUUCCAGUAUUAGGCCAACGCAUUUCAACAUAUUUUUAGACACAGUAUUGACUUUCACUAUGUCUUCAAGCUUGACACUGAUACAUUUGGCAAACGCAAUUUGGAUAAUGUUGUUUAAACACGAACAGAUAAAACAAGAUCCGCUAUUGUUAACUUACAUACCGAAAUAUGUAGAAAGCACAGCGCCAAAAUUGAUAAAAGUUGCCUAUCCGCACGGUAGACAGAGUAAUGGAAUGAGCACGUACUGUCUUGCGGAUUACGAUUCGGAAGAAGAAUUUAACGUAUUUCUUCAUAGACUAAGAACUGACUUAUUGGAAGGAUUUCGGCAUGCGACGAUGGUAGCGCCAUUAGUAACGUUUACUUAUGUACAGCAAUGGUUAACAGCGAAAAUAACAAAAGGUAUGUCAGACCUUCGAUAUAAAAGUGAUCAGAAUGAUCCGCAAUAUCUUGAAUGGGAAGCUCUUGCACAAACUUUGGAUUCUGUUGUAUCGAAAAUUCUACUGAUCAACGAACGACCAAGCGUGCAAACUGGUUUGCAACUGUUGGAAUUAUGCCUCGGUUAUUCUCCCCAAGACCCUUGGUUACUGUCAGCUUUACUUUCUUGCAUUAGCGCUCUUUUUGUCUUCCUGUCUAUGUCAACUGGUUCGAUGGCUAUGCCAGGAGUAGCCAUCCUGCCAAGAGUACUGGAAAAGAUCUUUGCUGCUCUGGUAUUUGAAGCACCUGGUGAGACGAAGGGUACUCGAUCUAGAGCAGCAAAGAAUGUAAGACGUCAUGCGGCUAGUCUGAUGGUCAAGAUUAGUUUGAAGUAUCCAUUGCUGCUCCUCCCAGUGUUCGAUCAGAUACAUUCAAUGGUUCGUGGUUUAGCAAGAGAGCCAAGUUCUUUGUCCAAGAUGGAGGCUAUCACCCUGUACGAAGCAUUGUUACUGAUAUCGAAUCACUUCUGUGAUUAUGAAAGACAAACUAGAUUUGUUGCUGAAGUAAUUGGAGAAGGAUCAAUUCAUAGGAUUCGGUGUUCCAUUCCGGAUGAUCCGGAUCGUGCUGCGAGAGGCAGUUUUGUUGCAGCGCUUAGCGAAAGCGGAAAUCCGGUAUAUCGGAAUCCUGCUACACCACAUGUAAUUCCAAUUUUACCUACACUUUUCGCAUUGCUCAGGGCAAUGAACGCUCUCUUCACACCUGCAGCACUGACAGCUUUACCAGAGGAAUACAAAAAUGCUUACGAAUUACUGGAAUCAGAAAAAGCAAAUUUGUUGGGUUUAAAUGUAACGAGUGAUAAUGCUUCUGAACCUGAUCAAUCUUCGAGUACUGCUUUGAUUCGAAUGCAAUCAUUUCUCAGUAAUAUUAAUGAUCAGUGUUAUCAUAUGUUAGGUAGUGGAUGCCAUAUGAUUGGAAGAGACUUUUAUCAGUUACCUGGUUUGGCACCAGCACUUAUCAACUCAGUUUUUUCUAACAUGGAGAUGAUUCCGGACUACAGAUUACGACCUAUUAUACGUGUUUUCAUGAAACCAUUCAUAUAUUCCUGUCCUCCUGCAUUUUACGGAAGCGUACUUGUACCCGUGCUGGCUCAUAUUUCUACGCACAUGUGCCAAAGAUUAAGUGCCAAGUGGCAAUAUAUUGCUCAUCUUUACGAAUCUGGUGGUUUGGACGAAGAGAACACUGACACGCAGGAGGUUAUAGCUGACAUGUUGAACCGAAAUUUGACAAGGGACUUUGUAGACGUACUCAAAGUGGCCCUUGUUGGAGGUGCUGCUAGUGAUGCAACUCCCCCCGAUACAAUGGAACAAGACAUGGGAGGUAUGGCUAUAGAUCCUCCUUCAUCACGUGGUAAUAGCAUAGUUGCAGAAGUGGUCAGCGAAUUGGGUACCUUUGUUCUUCGACAUCCAUCUACGUGUCACAGUGUCGUCUUAUGCGUGUUAGGGGCUUUGACUUGGAAUGAUUCAAAUGCCAGUUUGAAAGCUACAACGCUGACUGGGCCAGUUGUACGAGCAUUAGCAGCUGAUGGUAGCCUGACACCUGCUAUGGCCGCUCAUAUUAUGGUAGCUAUCCUCCAAGGCUUACAGCUUCACGGACAACACGAGGCCAAUCAAGGAUCUCUGGUCACAUUGGGUACACAAGUUUACGAAUGUCUCCGACCUAAGUUCCCCAAUAUUAUUGAAGUAAUGCAAAAAAUUCCGGGCAUUAAUCCUACCGACCUGCAACGUUUCGACGAAAAAAUGGCUGUUGUUAGUACUAAAGGAAACAAGGUUGAGAAAGGAAAGAAGGAUUUGUUCAAGAAAAUCACAAAUCAGCUCAUUGGUCGAAGCGUUGGUCAGUUAUUCCGUAAAGAAGUUAAGAUAGAUAAUUUACCGCGGAUAGAAGUUUUUGGAAAAUCGCAGCAAACACGCGUUGACGAGAUCUCGAAGAAUUCGACUGACAGUGGUAUCGCUUCGUUGUUUGCAGGACCCACGUAGCAGAAACUACAUCUAGAU